UAGAGCACGCGGCGCACAUCAUUGCUAUGGCUGAGCUGGUCCAGGCCUCGCAGUCCCGGAGCGCCGUGCAGUCUCCAGCUGCGACCGGACAGAGCGGGACCUCGGCGGCGGCGGCAGCAGCAGCAGCGGCUGGGAGCAGCACCGGCAGCAGCGACCCGGCCCGUCCCGGGCUCAGCCAGCAGCAGAGGGCCAGUCAGAGGAAGGCGCAGGUCAGGGCCCUCCCCCGGGCCAAGAAGCUCGAGAAGCUCGGAGUGUUCUCUGCUUGUAAGGCUAAUGACUUGUGUAAAUGCAAUGGAUGGAAGAACCCCAACCCCCAGACUGCGCCCAGAAUGGACCUUCAGCAGCCGGCCGCCAGCCUGAGCGAGCCCUGCCGCAGCUGCAGCCACUCACUGGCCGACCACGUGUCCCAUUUAGAAAAUGUAUCCGAAGAUGAGAUUAACCGCCUGCUGGGUAUGGUGGUGGACGUGGAGAACCUCUUCAUGUCGGUCCAUAAGGAGGAGGACACCGACACCAAGCAAGUUUACUUUUACCUGUUUAAGCUUCUUAGAAAGUGCAUCCUGCAGAUGAACCGGCCGGUGGUUGAAGGAUCUCUAGGUAGUCCGCCAUUUGAAAAGCCAAAUAUCGAGCAGGGGGUGCUGAAUUUCGUGCAGUACAAGUUCAGCCACCUGCAGCCAAAGGAGCGGCAGACGAUGUACGAACUCUCCAAAAUGUUUCUCCUUUGCCUGAAUUAUUGGAAGCUGGAGACUCCGUCGCAGUUCCGGCAGAGGUCGCAAAGCGAGGAUGUGGCGACGUAUAAGGUUAAUUACACACGGUGGCUGUGUUACUGUCACGUGCCGCAGAGUUGCGACAGCCUGCCGCGUUACGAGACGACGCACGUGUUCGGGAGAAGCCUGCUCCGCUCUAUCUUCACGGUGACGCGCAGGCAGCUGCUAGAGAAGUUCAGGGUGGAGAAGGACAAACUGGUUCCAGAGAAGAGGACGCUUAUACUGACGCACUUUCCCAAAUUCCUUUCCAUGUUGGAAGAAGAGAUAUACGGUGAAAAUUCUCCUAUCUGGGAAUCCGAUUUCACCGUCUCGAACACAGAAGGUCCUCAGCUGGUGUCUCGUCCAGCUGCUGUGAAUACUGCUGCCGCACCCAGUGCACCGCUAUUUAGCAACAGCCUGAACAACAGCUCCUCCCUGACGACCAAUGGAGAUGCCGGGAGCUCAGAAGCCAUGCCAGGAGAAAAAAGGAAGCUGUCUGACAGCCUGACCCUGGAGGACGCGAAAAGAAUCCGCGUGAUGGGCGACAUUCCUAUGGAGCUGGUGAAUGAAGUGAUGCUAACCAUCACCGAUCCCGCCGCCAUGCUGGGCCCAGAUACGAGCUUACUGUCUGCGAACGCUGCCCGGGAUGAGACCGCCCGCCUGGAGGAACGCAGAGGCAUCAUAGAGUUCCAUGUCAUCGGAAACUCUCUGUCCCAGAAGUCAAACAAGAAGAUCCUGAUGUGGCUGGUGGGGCUGCAGAACGUCUUCUCCCAUCAGCUGCCCCGGAUGCCCAAGGAAUACAUCACCCGGCUGGUGUUUGACCCGAAGCACAAAACCCUGGCUCUUAUUAAAGAUGGCCGCGUUAUUGGGGGCAUCUGCUUCCGAAUGUUCCCCACCCAAGGGUUCACGGAGAUCGUGUUUUGUGCGGUGACGUCUAAUGAACAGGUCAAGGGCUACGGGACCCAUCUAAUGAACCAUCUGAAGGAAUAUCACAUCAAGCACAACAUCCUGUACUUCCUCACGUAUGCAGAUGAGUACGCCAUUGGCUAUUUCAAGAAGCAGGGGUUUUCGAAAGAUAUCAAGGUUCCGAAGAGUCGAUACCUGGGUUACAUCAAGGAUUACGAAGGGGCCACUCUGAUGGAGUGCGAGCUCAAUCCUCGUAUUCCCUACACUGAGCUCUCGCAUAUCAUCAAGAAACAAAAAGAGAUCAUUAAGAAACUUAUUGAGCGCAGACAAGCUCAGAUCCGCAAAGUGUAUCCCGGGCUCACGUGCUUCAAAGAAGGAGUGCGGCAGAUCCCCGUGGAGUGCAUACCAGGCAUACGGGAAACUGGGUGGAAACCAUCUUGCAAAGAAAAAGGGAAGGAAAUUAAAGACCCAGACCAGCUGUACAACGUCUUGAAGAACUUGCUAGCGCAGAUCAAGACGCACCCAAGUGCUUGGCCUUUCAUGGAACCUGUUAAGAAAUCUGAAGCUCCAGAUUACUAUGAAGUCAUCCGAUUCCCCAUAGACCUGAAGACCAUGACAGAACGGCUGAAGAACCGAUAUUACGUGACCAAGAAGAUCUUCAUCGCCGACCUGCAGAGGAUAAUCACCAAUUGCCGGGAGUACAACCCCCCGGACAGCGACUACUGCAAGUGCGCCAACACGCUGGAGAAGUUCUUCUACUUCAAGCUGAAGGAGGGAGGCCUGAUAGAUAAGUAGCCGUCCUGGGAAUUCACAACCCCCUUACGUCAACUUAUUCCAUUCCAACUUCCGGGAACUCUGAAAACCUCUGCGGCGAGAUUGCCUUACAAAAUGCGCAAAACUGUCCCCGUCGGUGUAAAGUUUACCGCUCUCUACGACUGGUUAAGAGCUCCUGCACCACGAAAGGGAGAAGAAACAGCACUGGCAAGGACGAGGUUUCAAAGCCUUCCUUCUUAACCCCUUAACGACCACAGAUGUAUAUUUACAGCGUGCUUCGUAUCUGCGGGGGUCACUGUUGCUAUCAGCGACUGGGACCCGUGGCUAAUACCGGACAUCGACGAUCAGGUUGAUGUCUGGUAUUAACCUUUUAGACGCCGUGACCAAAGUUGAUUUUGGCAUCUAAGAGUAGAAUAUGCUGCCGGUUAGCUCAGCGGAGCUGUUCGGGCCCGCCGUGGUGGAAUCGCGGCAUCCCGAACAGCUGAGAGGACAGCGGGAGGCUCCCUACCGGGCUCUGUGCUGUCCGAUCGGCCUUUGAUUGCUCCAAGCCUGAGAUCCAGGCUUGAGCAAUCGAGCGCAGAUAAUUGAUCAAUGCUAUGGCAAUGCAUUGACCAGUGCCUGCAGUCAGUGUAAUGGAUGUUAUAGUCCCCUAUGGGGGCUAUAACAUUGCAAAAAAAAAGUGUAAAAAAAAAAAAAAAAAAAAAAAAAAAUAAAAGUCAGAAUCACCUCCUUUUCCCAUAAAAAAAAAAGUGUAAAAAAAUAUAUAUAUAAACAUGUGGUGUCGCUGCGUGUGUAAAUGUCCGAACUAUAAAACUAUAUUGUUAAUUAAACCGCACGGUCAAUGGCCAAAAAAUUCCAAAGUCCAAAAUAGCGUAUUUUUGAUAACUUUUUAUACCAUAAAAAAAUGAAUAAAAAGCGAUCAAAAAGUCAGAUCAAAACAAAAAUGGUACCGAUAAAACCUUCAGAUCACGGCGCAGAAAAUUACCAUCAUAUCUGAAAAAUAAGAAAGUUAUAGGGGUCAGAAGAUAAAUUUUCCUGUUUGUAGUUAUAAUUUUAUUCAGAAAUACGACAAAAUCCAACCUAAUGUAAGUAGGGAAUCAUUUUAAUCGUAUGGACCUACAGAAUAAAGUACUGCAUAGAAACUGAAGCCCCCAAAAGUUACAAAAUUUAGUUUUUUCUUACAUUUUGUCGCACAAUUAUAUAUUUUUUUUCCCCGUUUUGCCGUAGAUUUUUGGUUAAAAUGACUGACGUCAUUACAAUGUAGAAAUGGUGGCGCAAAAAAAAGCCAUCAUAUGGAUUUUUAGGUGCAAAAUUAAAAGGGUUAUGAUUUUUAAAAUGUAAGGAGGAAAAAACAAAAGUGGAAAAAUGCUUGGUCCUUAAGGGGUUAAAAAUCUCUGCACUUUUGGGGGCUGCGUCACUUUAUUUUACAUUUUUUUUUUGCUUACCGCAAGUGUUUACGGGACUAAAGGAGCGUCUGUUCAUUCCACAAGAUCCUUAAGGACGUGAUGAAAUCUCCAAAAAUAAUUUAUUAGGAAUCAUGCUUACGAAUAAUACAGACCAUGUCCAAUUUUUUAUUUUAUUUUUAUUUUGUUUGUGUGGUUUUUAUCUUCUGAAUUGUGGAUGUUACAUUGGUAACAAAUGGCAUGUGCUAAAGGUUUACAUCAGGGUUUCCCAACCAGGGUGCCUCCAGCUGUUGUAAAUUACAACUCCCACCAUGCCCAGUUAACAGCUUGUCCGCCUCCACCAGAGGAUGUACACUGUCCCUAAAAGGUACAUCAAGGUUUCCUUUUCAUCUCAUCUGCCUUCGGCUGUUCGGGCAUGCUGGGAGGUGUAGUUUUGCACAGCUGGAGGCACCCUGGUUGGGAAGCACUGGUUUACAGAGAGAUCUGUAUGGUUCACAUUGCACCAGGGGUCGUCCUGCAGUCAGAGGUUUGUAAAGAUGUCCAAAGUGGUUUUAUACUAUUAUGGAGAUUGAAAAUGUCUUUUGUCAUAUAGGUUGUCUGGUUAAAGGGGUACUCUGAGGAACACAUUCCCUAUUCUCUUCAUAGGGAAUAGGUUAAGUGUCUGAUUGCAGGGGAACCCCCCCCCCCCCCCUUCCCCCAGCGAUCUCCUGUACGGAGCUCACGGAGUGCUCCGGCCCCCACACUAAGAGCUGCGCUUGUUCGAUAGCCCGGUCAGCCAGUGAUUCGCUGAGGAGGCUGUCCCAUGAGAUUUUUUGAUCCGACCCGCCCCCCCCCCCCCCUCCCCAGGACAGACAUUGGUGUUAGUGAGCCAGGGUUGUGGUUUAUUGCUGCUCUAUGUUUCACGCACAAUUUUUUUGUAUUUUAUGUGUUAGCUCAAACUUUCAGUGUUACAGGUCAGAACUAAUGAAAUCCAGAUGCAGAAACUCUGCUUCUUCCAUAUUGGCAGCGCGAUUAUACGUGGUGUUUUACCUUCAGCUUUGGGACCUCCACUGAUCUCAGGGACGGAGAAGGCGGCCUCCUGUCUACCGAGUGAAUGUAGAAUAAUGCGCAUACUAUAGAACUUAUAAACAUUGGUGGAAGUUCCAUAGAUCUGUGGUCCCCAACUCAACCCCCAUCAACACAUUCUGGGUUUUGUUACUUCAUUAGAGUAGAAAAGGAAAAAAUCCCAAUCCUGGACUGUUAGUGGGGAUGGAGGCCUGAAUUGAGGACCUCUGCUACAGAAUAGUGGUCUCUAAACUGGAACUCCAGCUGUUAUCAAACUACAACUCCCAGCAUGCCAGGACAACCAAAGGCUGCUGAGAUGAGGGAAGCCUUGAUUUACCUAUUAGACAGUGUGGAUCCUCUGGAGCAUUCAGACAGGCCUUUGGCUGUCCGAGCAAGUUAGGAGUUGUAGUUUUGCAACAGCAGGAGGCACCCUGCUUAGGAAACCAUGCGCUAUCAUAGAGGUCUCCAACCCCCACCAACAUCCCAGGUUUUUUCAGUUACUCCAUUGGAAUGGAACAGGGUAAGGUUGCUAUCCUGGACUUUUGAUGGAGGCUUGAGGACUGGGUUGGAAACCUCUGCUGUAGCUAGGGAAUGGAGCAGUGGCCGAGCAGGCACAAUGGCUCGCCAUACACUCAGAGGACAGUUGACCUCCGAUCUUCUGAUCAAUAAGGUUGGACCCCCACCAAUAGUUCCUGUUAAAUAAAAAUAAAAUCUGGAAAGUCCACAGUUUAGACGGAAGGUUUUAUCGUCGUCCUACAUCCUGGGCAAACAACCAGUUAUGGACUACAAACAAAACUACAACUUCCAGCGUGCCUAGACAGCCAAAUGCUGCUGAGAUGAGAGGGAAAGCUUGAUUUACCUUUCAGGGACAGUAUGGAUCCUCUGGAGGAGGCAGACAGGCCUUUGGCUGUCUGAACAUACAGGGAGUUGUAGUUUUUCAACAGCUGGAGGCACACUGGUUGGGAAACACUGAUCUAUAGAGUGAAAUAGGGUGGCUGAGGAGUGAAGCUUAGUCCUGAGACCUGUUGGGAGUAAUAUGUGGAUGAAGUGCAUGGCAGUGCUCUUCACUCCCCGGCUGUUAAUCAAAUCUGACUUAUUCUUUGCAUUAGGCCAGUGUUUCCCAACCAGGGUGCCUCCAGCUGUUUGAAAAACUAUAACACCUAGCAUUAGGCUUGGAGGGAAAGGGUCAGGCCGGGCAGCCAAGGAGUGAAGAGCUCUGCUGCGCACUUCACCCGUCCUAUUUCUCACGAUCGCAGAGGAUCUCGGGACGGAUCCCGGCGUGAUCUAAACUUUCACAUGUCAGGCUAAAAUUCCUUAGUAUGCAGGUCCCCUAUAUGAUGCAGAUUUAUGCUGUAUAAGUCAAUACAAAUAAACGGUUGAGCGCAACAUAAGAAUCUGCUACAUGUGAACAUACCCUAACACUAAGAAUCUAACUCCAGGCAUACGUCUUAAUUCCACCAAGAUUAAUCCUGUAGCUGCAAUGGCUGCCAGACCGCAUCAAAGUCAGGUGGUUCAGUCCCCCGGAGGAAGGCGAAGAAGCUUGAGACGAUCGCUGGGACAUGUACUGAACUAUUACAGAGAAGAC